CGACGUUGUACUGCCAACGCCGUAUCUUUAUCGCAGAACUUAUAGUGUUAUAGCACUGAUAUUUAUAGUCGGCUGCUAGCUGGAUAAUCUAAUACUCUGUUAUUUAUAAAGUGCAUAUUGUACGGUACAUCGGUGCACGAGACAGUAACACUUGUGUGCGUUGUCAGACACGGGAACACUACAUAGAUGCGAUGCUUCCUAUGCCCCAGGUUGGUGAAGCAGUUAUAGACCAUAUAUAUGAGACAUUAGAUUACUACAUCAGUAGUGCAGUACUAUUGGACUGAUUGUACUACAAAAUACUUUCGAGCUCACUAGUCGCACAUCAAUCACUCAGUCCUUCAACGACACCGCCAUGGAGUGUCAACAGAACCUGGCCAAGGGGAUCAUCCACGACCAGUUUGGAUCUAUCGCUGCACGGGUGGCAGACUCACUGGUGAGUAGGGGCCCUUCAACACUGAGAGAAUUGAUUGCUUGCAACACAACCAUAAAACCAACCAGUCUGAGGGAAGCCAUGCUGGUUAUGCUGCAGUUCGGUAUAGUCAGUGUCCAACACAGGCAUGACACCAAGAAGGGAUCAGAUACGACACUGUACACCAUAGAGCUGCAUCAAGUGAUGUACAGACUGAGGUAUCCGCGCUACAAAGCCGUUACUAGAAGGCUGUUCCCGGUCACUAACGAUAACGAUGAGAGCUCAAAGGACAAUCAGGCUGCAGCCUUGAAAGUCAUUGAGCUGUUGUGGUUGGCUGGCAGACAGACCAUGGGCCAACUAGCCAAUACUUUAGAAGAGUUAUUCGACUCGCCCAGCAGUAUCAAGUUCGUGCUGAAUAGGCUCAUAGACCUGCGCUUGAUCAGACGGGCAGAGAAACCCAGGCAAGUGGAGGUGGAUGUGAAUGAUACUGUGGUGGUGCGUGGGGGUAGUGACACGGCUCUGGACUUCUCACUGACCAGUGGCUAUAUGGGCAGGAUCAUAAGCGGAUCAGCAAAGCGCAAGGUAAGAC